UAUAAAAAUAAGUCCGGUUUUCCUCCCUGACGCUAUAACUCCAGAACGCACGAACCGAUUUCCACGGUUUUGCAUUCGUUGGAAAGGUCUUGGGCUCCGUGAGGUUUAUAGCAAAGAAAAUUCUGGAAAAUUCAGGAAAAAUUCAACAGAAAAGUGGGGAAAUCGUUUUUCACAUACAGCGCCAUCUAUUAUACAUAGCAUGUACUUCAAACCAAUAGCAACGGUGCGUGAUAAAGUGUGUGACAGAUAUCAUUAUUCUCUGUUCAGUUAAUUUCAUUUAUUGUAAAUUAUAUGGAUCGUGCAUUUGAAGUUAAAUUCAACACUAUGUCCAUAGUCCAAAAUGCCUAGAGAACGACGUGUGAACAUCGGCCGCCGCACAAGACAUGCAAGCCAGCAACAAGUCUAUUCAAGGAACUUAAGAGAAGAAAGACAAAAUAUAAUAAGAGAAAAUGACCGAUUGAGACAUCGCGUGAGCACACGAAGAUCAUUGGCAUCAUACAAUCGCUUGGCAUUCCAAUAUGAUCCCACUGCGAACUACAGUGAUGAUGAAAAUUUGGAUAUUGGACGAAUGACGACUAUAUGCCGAUAUUGCAAUGCGGUAAAGUUCAAAAGAGAAACGGUUGGAUUGUGCUGCGCAAGUGGAAAAGUCAAACUGGAUCCAUUACUUACACCACCACAGCCACUGAAAACAUUGUUUGAUGGAAGUGAUCCCGAUUCCAGCCAUUUUCUUCAACACAUCCUUGAAUACAAUAACUGCUUUCGCAUGACUUCCUUUGGAGCUAAUAUCAUUCGAGAAGGCGGCUUCAUGCCGACUUGCAAGAUACAAGGUCAAAUAUAUCAUUUGCAUGGUUCAAUGGUGCCAACACCAGAUGAACCGCAUCAAUUUCUGCAAAUAUAUUUCAUUUCGUCGAUGGUGGAUCAGCUGAACGUGCGGUGCAAUAUACAGGGAGCACAACAGUUAAAGAGACGAAUUAUUGAACAGUUGCAAGCAUUUUUUCACGCUAAUAAUGCUGUGGUUAAUAUGUUCAAAACAGCAUUGGAACGAAUGCCAUCGGAUACGCACAAAUUUGUCAUAAGAGCGGAUUGUACUCCGACAGGUGAACAUGUGCGAAGAUUCAAUGCACCCACCGUUAAUGAUGUUGCUGCAAUUAUUGUUGGCGAUCCAACUAAAUCACGAGACAUUGUCGUUCAGCGAAGAAGCAAUAUCAUGCAUCGUGUAAACGAGACACAUCGUUUGUACGAUGCGUUACAAUAUCCAAUCAUUUAUUGGCAAGGGCAAGACGGAUACGACAUCACGUUGAAGAUGGUCGAUCCAAUUACAGGAGUAUCAACGAAUAAUAAAAAUCUAAGCGCAAUGAAUUACUAUGCGUAUCGUAUGAUGAUUCGUACACAUGAGGAGAAUGUCAUUCUGAAGUGCGGUCGGCUAUUCCAGCAAUUCGCUGUUGACAUGUAUGUCAAAGUCGAGACCGAACGUUUAGCGUUCAUCAGAUUCAAUCAGCCAAAGCUACGAUCUGAGGACUAUAUACACUUGCGUGAUGCUAUUCAUUCAGAUGGUGAUGUUCAGAAUAUUGGACGACUGACGAUUCUCCCAUCAACUUAUAUCGGAAGCCCACGCCACAUGCACGAAUACGCUCAAGACGCUAUGACGUACGUGCGAAAUUAUGGAACUCCGGAUUUAUUUAUUACGGUCACAUGCAAUCCGAAGUGGACGGAAAUUGAACGCGAGUUGGAACCGGGUCAAAAACCGCAAGAUCGCCAUGACAUAAUCGCCAGAGUAUUUCAGCAAAAACUCAAGGUUAUGAUGGAUGUGCUUACUAAGUAUCGAGUUUUUGGUGACACACGUUGUUAUAUGUACUCGGUGGAAUGGCAGAAGCGUGGACUACCGCAUGCUCAUAUCCUAAUUUGGUUGCUGAACAAAUUACAUUCAAAUGAAGUGGAUGACAUCAUAUCAGCUGAAAUUCCUGAUCCAGUCACUGAUCCCCGUCUACACGACAUUGUGACGACACAGAUGGUGCAUGGACCGUGCGGUGCAUUAAAUCCAUUAUCGCCUUGCAUGGCUGAUGGAAAGUGCACAAAACGAUAUCCGCGACCGUUAGUUGCUGAAACAGUCACAGGGAACGAUGGAUAUCCAGUUUAUCGUCGGCGUUCAAAAGAAGAUAACGGUCGAACUAUCAAAGUUAAAGUUCAAAAUCAAGAGAUUGAGAUCGGAAAUGAAUUCAUUGUACCAUAUUGCCCGCUGCUAUCACGAAUUUUCGAAACACAUGCAAACGUUGAGAGUUGUCAUUCGGCCAAAUCAAUCAAAUAUUUGUGCAAGUACGUCACAAAAGGCAGCGACAUGGCUGUGUUUGGUAUUGCGUCGGAAAAUGUGAAUGACGAAAUCAGCAACUUCCAAAUGGGCAGAUACGUCAGUACUAAUGAAGCACUGUGGCGAUUAUUGUCAUUUCAAAUUCAUGAAAGAUAUCCCACAGUUGUACAUUUAGCAGUGCAUUUGGAAAAUGGCCAAAGAGUUUACUUCACUGAGGCUAAUGCGGCACAACGAGCUGAGAGACCACCAUCGACAACAUUGACUAGCUUCUUUGCAAUGUGUGAAGCAGAUCCAUUCGCAGCGACGCUGAUGUACGUUGAAAUGCCCAAGUAUUACACUUGGAAUCAAUCAACAAAGAAAUUCCAACGUCGCAAACAAGGAACCCCAGUUCCAGACUGGCCACAGGUGUUUUCAACUGAUGCACUAGGUCGUAUGUACACUGUUCAUCCUAGAAACGAUGAAUGUUUUUAUUUGCGACUGCUGUUAGUAAAUGUACGUGGACCGAAAUCAUUUGCGCAUUUGAAAACUGUGAAUGGCCACCAAUGCCAAACAUAUCGAGAAGCAUGUCAACUAUUGGGUUUGCUGGAGAACGAUUCUCAUUGGGAUUUAACACUUGCAGAUUCAGUUGUUUCAUCAAAUGCGUACCAAAUACGAACGCUGUUCGCAAUUAUCAUCACCACAUGUUUUCCUUCACAACCAAUUCAGUUAUGGAACAAAUACAAAGACGCCAUAUGUGAAGAUAUCUUGCAUCGCUUGCGUAUUCAAACGAAUAAUCCUGACAUCCAAAUAACCGAUGAAAUCUACAAUGAAGGAUUGAUUCUGAUUGAGGAUCAAUGCUUGACUAUUGCAAACAAGCUACUGAUUGAAGUAGGAAUGAUUGCGCCAAAUCGAUCGAUGCACGAUGCAUUCAACCAAGAAUUAAAUCGAGAGAAAUAA